AUGGAGGAUAUCGAAAGAAUCAACAUCACCAUGACAGAAGGAGAAUAUGAACUAUUCAAGGAGGCCAAGAGCGACGCCAUCAAGUGCCAAGUGUUCUUAAACACUCUGUCUAGCUCGGCACAAAAAUGGUUCGAUAGACUGUCGAAUGGGUCCAUCACCUACUUCUUCCAUGACUUCAAGACCAUUUUCCUGCGCCAUUUCACUAGUAGCAGGAAGUACCAGAAGACAGACCAUUGUCUCUUUACCCUUAAGCAAGGGUCUACCGAGCCCUUGAGAAGCUAUGUCAAACACUUCAACCAGGUAGCCCAGGACGUUUCGUCCGUUACCUCUGAAAUAUUGAUGAGCGUCUUCUCCCAUGGUCUGGUAGAAGGGGAGUUCUUCCGAGCCCUCAUCCGAGAGCCUGUGAAGAACUUCGAUGAGAUGGUAGGAAAGGCCACUAGUUAUAUCAGCGUAGAAGAAGCCCAGGUGGCUCGGCGGAAAGAGGACAAGGCGCUUGCUCCUGCCAACAAACCAGAGAAGAGGCUGCCCAAUCGUCGACUCAGCCUCUUUCGCAUGCCAGGGAUUCUCGACCGGGAUUCCCGCCCAGGCAAGACUCUCGGAUCGCUCAAAGGGUCCUACACUCAUGCCACUGGGGAUUGCGUCCAGUUCGCCCGUGAUUCCUGGUGGCUAGCUAAACUGGGUCUGCCUCCACCUAAGAUCGCACCCAAGCUUCAGAGGUUGCUAGCCAACCAGCAGGCCAUGGUAAGUCAGUCAAGUAAAUCCCUGCUCGACAAUGCAGGUCAAGGAAGCCAGCAGCCAGGUCAUGGCAAGGAGCGAGGGGAAUCCCUGGAGGAGGAAAACAGGGGAAAUGCGACCAUCCGAGAGAUCGGCAUGAUCUCCAGAGGGCCCAUGGACGGAGAUUCUGUUAGGGCUCAGAAAUCUCAUGAACGCCACUUGGAGAUACAUGUCGUAGGAUGCAAUCGAAAACAAGUUAUUGGGCCCAUAAUCAUUUUUGGGCCGCAAGACCUGGAGGGGUUGGAGCUCCCUCAUGAUGAUGCUCUAAUAAUCAAAGCCUUCAUGGCCAACAGUUGUGUGGCCAGGGUUUUUGUUGAUACUGGAAGUUCUGUCAACAUGGUAUUCAAGAGUGCAUUCAAGUGCAUGCAAAUCGAUGCCAGAGAGCUCUAG